UUCCUCUUUCCACUUCCUCCAAACGCAACCGGAAAGAUAUCGCAACUGAAAAAUCCAAACAGCCGUAAUAGUAUGACGGUUGAACUAGCAAACGGAGUAUCAGAAACCAUUAACGGCGAUUUGAGAAAUCAAAACCCUAACGCCGCCUCUAAGAAAUCCAAAGAAAGCGAGCGACGCCGUAGGCGGCGCAAGCAGAAGAAAAACAAGGCGGCGUCUUCUCAGGUCGAAGAUAGUGAUAACGCUGCAAAUGGCGGCGCUGAGGAUACCGAUCCUCACAAGUCUUUGGUACAAGUUGAAGUUGAGUAUGUGCCGGAGAAGGCCGAAUUAGAUGGUGAGUUCGAUGAGGAAUUCAGGAAGAUUUUUGAGAAAUUCACUUUCACGGAUGCUACUGGUUCUGAGGAGAAUGAUAAAAAGGAUGAAACUGCUGCUGAUGGAGCUUCUAAGAAAAAGGCGGAUUCUGAUUCUGAGGAGGAAGAAGAGGAUGCCCAGCUAAAGGAGAAGGGCAUCUCUAACAAAAAGAAAAAACUUCAGCGUAGGAUGAAGAUUGCAGAACUGAAACAAAUCUCUAUGAAGCCUGAUGUUGUUGAGGUGUGGGAUGCUACUGCAGCAGAUCCUAAGCUCCUGGUUUUUCUGAAAUCUUACCGAAAUACUGUUCCUGUUCCAAGACACUGGUGUCAGAAACGGAAAUUUUUGCAGGGGAAGCGUGGUAUUGAGAAACAGCCUUUUCAACUUCCCGACUUCAUAGCUGCAACAGGAAUUGAGAAAAUUAGACAAGCUUAUAUUGAAAAGGAGGACAGUAAGAAGCUAAAACAAAAGCAGCGGGAAAGGAUGCAGCCAAAAAUGGGGAAGAUGGAUAUUGAUUAUCAGGUUCUCCAUGACGCUUUUUUCAAGUAUCAAACUAAACCGAAGUUGACAUCCCUUGGCGAUCUGUAUUAUGAAGGGAAGGAGUUUGAGGUCAAGUUGAGGGAAAUGAAACCUGGAACUUUGUCUCAUGAACUGAAAGAGGCCCUUGGUAUGCCUGAAGGUGCUCCUCCUCCUUGGCUCAUCAAUAUGCAGAGAUAUGGUCCUCCACCCUCUUACCCGUCGCUAAAGAUCCCUGGACUCAACGCUCCUAUUCCACCGGGAGCCAAGUUCGGCUAUCAGCCCGGAGGUUGGGGUAAACCACCUGUUGAUGAAAAUGGACGCCCUUUAUACGGAGAUGUCUUUGGUGUAUUACAACAAGAUCAGCCUAAUUAUGAGGAUGAACCUGUUGAUAAGACUAAACAUUGGGGUGACUUGGAGGAAGAGGAAGAAGAGGAGGAAGAGGAAGAGGAGGAAGAGAUGGAGGAAGAGGAGCUGGAGGAUGGUUAUCAGUCAGUGGACAGCCUUUCGAGUACUCCUACUGGAGUUGAGACUCCUGAUGUUAUUGACCUCCGCAAGCAGCAGAGGAAGGAGCCCGAGAAGCCCCUCUACCAGGUGCUUGAAGAAAAAGAAGAAAAGAUUGCUCCUGGUACUCUUCUUGGAACAUCCCAUACGUAUGUGAUUAACACUGGUGCUCAAGACAAGACUGGUGCCAAAAGGGUUGAUCUGCUCAAAGGUCAGAAGUCAGAUAGAGUCGAUGUCACAUUGGCACCUGAAGAAUUGGAACUUAUGGACAAUGUCUUACCAGCCAAAUACGAGGAAGCUAGAGAGGAAGAGAAGCUUCGUAGCCAGCGUGAGGAUUUCAGUGACAUGGUAGCAGAGAAUGAGAAGAAGAGGAAACGCAAAAUGCAGGAGAAGGAUGGCAAGUCGAAGAAGAAGGAUUUCAAGUUUUGAGUUUAUAUUUUGUACCAUCUUUGGUUACUUUAGGGCUACAGUAAAUCCAGCUAAUGGAGCAUCCCAUGUUGCAGGAAAUAGCAUUAGUAGGUCAAUAUGCACUGCAAGAAAUCUGUAUGUUGUAGUGAAGUGAUUUUUCCAUGCGUUUAAGCACAGAAGACGCUGUAUGAUAAUUUAUCCUAUGAAAUGUGCUUAGUUUGUGGCUCUCGUUUGAUUUCUGCAUUAAGUUUUUGACGAAUAGACAUGCCAAUAAUGUUCAGCUGUACGUGAACAUCGAAGAUCUCUUACCCUAAUUCAAAUGUGUGAGACUUGGUUGUAAUUUUAGCUUUAGUUUCCAUUUAGAUCUCACGUGAAUGUACAAACUAUUACUACUAGUUAUUGCACUUCGCCAUUUCCUGUGUC